AUGACCCCCUAUGAUCAGUUUUGGCUCGAGUUCCCCAAAUUCAAAUUCCUCGUUCGCACCAGAAGGUCGACUGCAAAACACCUUUGCCUUCCCGGAAUAUUUGAAUAUUGGAUUCAUGUCUCGGAAUGGCCGAAUACACGCCUCUCCUCUCUUCGCUCUUCGAGGGGCGCGAAGGACGAGGAUUUCCAUCUCGACUUCCCUAAUGCCCUGCGUGGCAAGAAGAUCCUCCUUGCUACAGAAUCAUGGGGCCCUGUAAACGGAGUGAGUCGCACAACACGCAGUCUAGUCGAGUAUCUGCGCGACAACGGCGUGGACCUCAUUCUCGUCGCGCCCAGCUUCAAAGGUCAAUCGUCUGAGCAGAAAACCUGGGAGCGCCGUCUUCCGGGCUGUGCGCUUCCCUAUAAUCCAGAUCUAACAGUCGUCUAUCCGUUCCAUCUAGAUACUCUCUUCAGCCAGUCUUUCCAGCCAGACGUCAUCUACCUCGCCAGCCCAGCCUCGCUUGGGUUUCAAAUGCUGCUGCAAAUCCGCCAACUGCGCUCUCCUCCGCCGGUCUUACUCAACUUUCAGACAGAUCUAUCCGGCUAUGCGGAAAUCAUGUUGCCUACACCGUUGGACAAAUUCGGCGUAUGGCUCCUGGCGACAGUCCAGGGGUUUCUGUUCCGCACCCGUGCUGUACAUACAAUAUUUUACCCGUGCUCUGCGAUCCGUAAAUAUUUGAUGCAUGUUUGUGUGCCAGUUGAUCGACUCGUUCAGCUGGGUCGCGGUGUAGACACGAUUCUCUUUUCACCGACACAGCGCGAUGAAUCAUACCGCCGCCACAUUGCACCUCAUGGCGAAAUUAUCUUGAUAUGCGUUUGCCGCAUCGCCCCAGAGAAAGGAUUUGAGUUUCUCGCGCAGGUCGUGCAACGGCUAGCUGCAGACAGGCUGCCCUUCAAGCUGCUGGCUGUCGGCGGGAAUCGCAACCUGGCUAUUGAGAUCAAAGUCCAGCGCCUCUUUGACGGGGUUCGAGAGCACGUUGUCUUUGCUGGAUUUCUCACCGGGUCUGCAUUGUCCCGUGCGUACGCAUCUGCUGAUCUGUUCCUUCAUUGCUCUAUCACAGAAACUUUUGGGUUGGUGGUCCUGGAGGCUAUGGCCAGUGGUGUCCCCGUCAUCGCGCGGGAUCAGGGCGGGCCCUCUGAUAUUAUCCGUCAUGGACAGACUGGUUAUCUAGUUCCGUCGCGCGAUUUAAAGUGUUUUGUUCAUUUGGUCAAAGAGGUUUCUCUCGACCCAAUACGCCGAGCAAAACUGGCGGCGGCAGCCCAUCAGUAUGCGGAUGAUACCACCUGGGAGAAGAUCAACUGUCGGGCAGCAUGGCAAAUGGCCGGGGUAUUGUCAUCUACCGACGAGGAAUCUCAGGGUGCACGGCGAGUUAUCCGACCUGGGGUAAUCGGACGGGUCUUUGAGCAGCUCCAUCUACUGCUUACUGUAGGGAUUGUUUAUUUUAUGUGGCUGAUCUCUGUCGUCCCACUAGUCGCUCAUGGAAACUGUUUCCUUCCCAGAGCCAGGCAAGCCGUUCAGGGCCAAUUCCAGGGGACUCGUCCAUUGCGCAAUUGA